AGAGCUGCUUGCUGAGCAGAGGCAGGAUGAGUGACUAAGGGACAAAUCAAGUCUGGGCUGGCAAAGCCUCAGCAUGUGUUAUUGAGACACCUCUGGACUUCAGCGUCUUCACUGAGGGCUGUGGUAGAAACGAAAAAUGUAAGAGCUUGAAGAAAAUCUAAAGCACCACCUCCUCCUUCUGAAGCAACACUCACUGUUGUUUCUCCAUUUGGUAGCAUAGAGUCAACCAACCUCAUCAUGGAACAGAAAGAGAAUGUAAUCGAUAAAGAUAUUGAACUAUCAGUGGUCCUGCCAGGAGAUGUGAUCAAGUACACUACAGUUAAUGGGAGGAAGCCGAUGAUGGACUUGCUGGUCUUUCUCUGUGCACAGUAUCAUUUAAAUCCAUCAAGUUAUACUAUAGAGUUGGUAUCAGCAGAAAGUAGCCAGAUUAAAUUCAAACCCAACACACCAGUGGGAAUGCUUGAAGUGGAAAAGGUGAUUUUAAAGCCAAAACAAAUAGAUAAGAAGAAACCUGCUCCAGUUAUACCAGAGCAAACGGUAAGGGUAGUGAUAAACUACAAGAAGACACAGAAGACAGUCGUAAGAGUUAGUCCACAUUCACCCCUUCAAGAACUCAUACCAAUUAUCUGUAGCAAAUGUGAGUUUGAUCCUUCACACACUCUGCUGUUGAAGAAUUACCAGUCUCAAGAACCCCUUGAUGUGACAAAAUCUCUUAAUGACCUUGGACUAAGAGAACUAUAUGCCAUGGAUAUCAGUCGAGCCACAUCACCAGUUGAUUUAAAUUUACGGUCUUUGCAAGACUCCUACCAAUCUGAAAACAUAGAUGUUCUGAAGGAGAAAGAAAACAAAGGAUUUUUCAGCUUUUUUCAACGAAACAAGAAGAAAAGAGACCAAGCUGCCAGUGCCCCAGCAACUCCAUUGAUGAGCAAGCCAAGGCCAGCAUCUAUCACUAGAUCUAACACUGUCAACAAGCAGUAUGAUUCAAACACUCUGCCAUCAGAAAUGCCGAAGAAACGGAGAGCUCCUUUGCCACCUAUGCCAAACUCCCAGAGUGCUCCCCAGGAACUCUCACAAGCCCAAGUCAGACCUGCACCUGAUAUUGUGAAAUCCAACAGCUUUGAUAGGAAUGCACAGGCCCCUCCAGGAUUAGUACGGAAAGGUUCCCUGCCGCUCAGUGACACUGCUUCCGUGAACUCCUCUCUAAGGAGGAUGAAGCGCAAGGCGCCCUCACCACCCUCCAGAGCACCAGAAGAUCAAAGUGAAAGCAGUAAUGAGCCUGUAAUGGAGACAACAGAAUCGGCCUCCACUCAAGUGGAAGGAAGAACCACCGAAAUGCAGCCUGAAACAGGUGUACGGAGCUCAGAACACAACCUGGAAGAAAUUGAUGAAAGGGACGAGAUAAGUGUGCAACAGCGAGAGAAGAGUGAAAGUACCAAUACCUCUCUCAGGACAGGAGAGGUUACUGUAGCCUUCAGCUCUGCUGAGGUACCACUGGAAAAUGAAAAAAAUGAUCCUGCUCCAUCAACUCCUGUUCCUGGCAGUGUUUCCUUAGACAACUCACAAAGCUUCAAGGAAGAAAAACAAGAAAAUAUGAGCACAGAUGGCAAAGGACUACAGACUAAGAUAAGCAGUGAGGAUGCUGGAGUUGAAAAAGACAAGAAGCUUAAAAUUUUAGAUCAAAAUAAAACCAAUGAUCACAGCGAUACAAAACUCCUUCCAACAAAAGAAGAAGGGAAAGAACUUCAGACAGCUGAAAUUAAACCAGUAGAUUUUACAGAAAAUAACAAGCUCGAAGUUGACAGACUAUCAAACUUCCAGGCAUGUAAAAAUGACAUCUCUGUAAGUCAUAGGAAUUAUCCUCAACUGAUGUCAGAAAAGCAAGAUGACAAAACAAAUCAAAGCAGCUUGGAUACAGUAAAAACUCAGGAUGUUGCAAUCCAGACAGGUCCUUCGGAUAGCAAUUUGGGAAGGUCUACUCGGAAAGAAAUUAUUGUUCCUCAGGGUGUUGAAUCAUCCACAUUCGGAGAACUGGUCUCUCAACAUAACACAGAUACAAACAACCCCCUUCUUCAAGUGAUGCAUGGAACACAGCAAGGGGAUGAAGACACGUCAGUAGAACAAAAUCUUGAGACACAAGAAGUUACCCAUGGAAAUAUAAUUCCCAUAAAAGACCAGAGUCACGUCUGUAUAAAUGGCAGUAAUUUUGUUUUACCAGAAACAACUGCAAAAACUCCAGAUGACUUUUCUGUAAAAGGUCACCCUUUUUAUAGACAGGACACCAGACCUAAACCCAAGCCUGCUAAUGAAAUUACAAGGGAUUACAUACCAAAAAUUGGCAUGACUACUUAUAAAAUAGUGCCUCCAAAAUUCUUAGAAAUAAUGAAGAGCUGGGAACCAGAAGUUCCAUCAGAUCAUAAGGAUCAAGAGGUAUCUACUUUGGAAGAUUCUCUGAAGCAUGAAGACCCCAAAGAAUUCAUAGUGCAAGCUGAAAUUCCUCAUCUGUCAAAAAGUGUGGGUCAUUUACAGGUUGGCUCACAAAAUGAAGCUGCAGCAGCGAAUGAUCUGCUGCAGAGAGUGAACAGCAUUUCUGAACAUACUGUGACCUCUGGAGCUGAGAUUACUACUGAGAGCAACCAGAUGGAAAAGGAGUCUUUCAAGCAGCGUGUCCCACUGAUGCUAAGCCUGGAUAAUACAAAUGCUUCUUCUGAGACUCAGGACAAGUCAAAUGCAUUAAGUCCUACAACAAAGCCUAGUUCUUUUUAUCUGCAGAUGCAACGAAGAGCUUCAGGUCAUUAUGUGACAUCUGCAGUUGCCAGAAGUACCAUUUGUGCUCCUAAUUCAAUUCAAAAUGAAGCUAAGAAUACAGAGAUGGGGAAAAAAAUCUCAUCACCUGAUCUGACUUCUUUGGCUUUACAUAAAACAAGUAUUUCCUCUCCUCCAGCAGAUGAAGAAAAAGUUGAUGAUGGAAAAAACAUUGAAUCCUCCACUUCUCCUGUUAAAAGCAAUAAACCUUUAAUUUAUCCCCCCUGUCCUCCAGCACCACUGAACCUAAAAACUCUAAGAACUUUUGCAGUUCCAAAGCCAUACUCCAGUUCAAGACCAUCCCCUUUUGCUCUUGCUGUCUCCUCUGCAGUCAAAAGGUCGCAAUCAUUCAAUAAGACGCGUACAAUCACUUACCAGGCACCUAGAGAGGAAUUUCCUGUUGAACUCUCCUCUGCCACUUUGGCAGCUGAAUUCUCCUCAGCUACCUCCAUGCCUCAAGUGAAAAGCCCUUCCUUACAGACCUUAACAGUGGGGCCACAAAAUAGUCUAAUGGACAAGAAAGACAGCAAUGUGAAUAGUGAGCAGAAGAGUCAGGCGCAGUCAGGUGCUUCCACUGACCACCCACCCCCUGUCACUAAGAGACAAACCGCGAUGACGUUCCCGCGCUCUGACCCAGAACAGAUCCACCAGAGCUUGCUGGCUGCAAUCCGCUCUGGAGAAGCUGCUGCCAAAUUGAAAAGGGUUGGUCCUCCAUCAAACACCAUAGCUGUUAAUGGAAGAGCCAGACUUAAUCCUUUGUAUUCCACAGAAGCAAAAGCUAAUCAGUAGAUAUUAUACCAAAUAUUUUGCACUUUACUGCUUAAUAGGCCAACUUUACACUAACUACAAAUUUUUGAAAGUGUAAAUGCAAGUGUAUGUUAAUAUAUUUUUGUCAGCAGUUAUAAGGAUUUCGAGCUGUGUCUUUUGAUGCCUUGGAAAGAUUAUUAGCAUAUGUAAAUUAUGGUAAUAUUUUGCCUUUUCCUCUUUAUAAAGCUGACUAUGCUGCUAAAAAGGUUUAAGAAAAGAUGCAUAUGAGCUUUGCUUAUGAUAGAAAGAGAAUCAAAGAUUCUUGAUUUUAGCCUCAAGACUGAACAAUAUGUAGCACUAUGCUGAAAUUACAGAUUGGAAACAACCUAAGAAUUCUAGAUCACAUCAUUAAUUUUCAAUUGUGUAUUACUUUAACAGAUUGUAAGAACUUAAAUCUACCACAUGCUGCCUCCAUAUUCCUUUAUUAAAUUAAAAUUGUAAUUACUAGAAUAUCUUAAUUAAAUGCAAUACUUUGUAUCUGUCUAAAAAA